GUAAUUGACAACACAACGAAUGGUAUUUAUUACACACAAGGCAGCAAUCAAGGCUGGAAAAAGAAUCUGAGUGGUGAGGAGACAACCGAUUCGCAAAUCGUUGUUGUUGGGCCGAUGUCUUCACCGGAACUAUCAACCACUUCUGCAAAAGCCGCAACGGCGACUCCAGUCACGAAGAAGCCUCAGUCUCCUCAGAAAGAAGAGAAGCCUCAACCUCUCGCCAACGGAGGUAAUCGGAUUUCAACGGGAUCAUCGAAAGGUGUGCGAAGUGAGGUGCGCGGAAUCAAUGCCAAAUCCGAUUAUUGGCAUAAGAAUGCCGAGAGAAGAGACAGUGACAAGCCGAGAGCGUUCUAUCAACGCAAUGAUAGAUACCAGUCGAGAAACCCACAUGCUCCUCCGAAACUCACCCCAGCACAACGUAAAGCUCGAGGUCCUCUUCCAGAUUGGGAGGAAAUUCAGGACGGUGAAGACAAUUUCGACUACAUGAAUCUAAUGGAUUCGCAGUAUGCGCAGUAUUAUGCGAUGUCGUCGAUACCGCCGUUUGACGGUGUAGGGGGAAUGGACCCGCAAGUCGCUAGUAUGAUGAUACAGCAGGCACAGCAGCACAUGGCUGCAUUCGGCUUUCGACCCGCUAUUCCUCUCAUGCAGCCGCACAUUGUUGCACCUCCUCCAGAACCCGUUGGUGUCGCACCGCUUCUCAGCCCACAAGGCGCAGUGCUCACCGCUGCGAUUAGCGACUCCAUCAAUACGGCCAUACCAUUUGCUCCAAUAUAUCCAACUCAACCUCCUUUCGUGCCGCUGAACGAUGAGACGUUGAAGGACUGUGUUCGAAAGCAAAUUGAGUAUUACUUCUCUGCGGAUAACCUUCAGAAAGAUUUCUUUUUGCGCCGCAAGAUGAAUUCUGAAGGUUUUCUGCCCAUCACGCUUAUUGCUUCAUUUCCGCGUGUCCGAUCUUUGACCCAGGAUCUUACGCUGAUUUGCGAAGGUCUUCGAGAUAGCGAAAAGGUAGAGUUAUCCGAGGAUGCAAAUAUGGUUCGUCCUCGUUUGAAUCCUACAGAGUGGCCUUUGACUCCUACAGUACAUCCUGCUCAGCCUACAUCAAGUCAAAGUGAGACAGUCACCAACACAGCAUCCGGGUCUACUGCUGAACCGUCUGUAAGCCAGACGAAAACUCAACAGGAACAGCAAUCUAAGCAAACCGAUAAAGGUGCCGCGCCUUCUAAAACUGAUGCGCCAACACCAAGUAUACAGCCUCCCGCUGCUGAGAAAAAGAUGCAGCCGCACUCGUCUUCUUCAAAACCUACUGGCUCGGCAGAAGAGGAGUGGGAGGAAGUGAAGCCAAAGAGGAAAGGAAAAGGACGUGCUGAAAAGUCUGCGACCGUCAAAGAUACAAGUAGUGGAGAGCAGGAUUUAGAUUUCCAGUUCGAUAAUGAGUUGGAAAUCAACACAGGCGGCAAUGAAACCGCCAAACGGGAGAAAUCUGUGAAAGGAAUUCGUUUGAGUGCGGAUGCCUUCGAAGAAAUUGGUGAUGAUAUUGUGAAUAAACUGAUAAUCAUGACGCCCAUGAAACGGACUUUGGAUAGAACCGGUGAUUUUACUUCUCGUUCUAAGCAUCAUGCAGAAUUCAAUGAGGAGGUUGAAAUUGGUCUUCGUCGUUAUGAAGAAGAGCUAUGGAGUGCACCCGUAGAGAAGGAAGCCUCGGUAUACUCCACCUGGAGGCAGUCUUGUUUGAAACAACGAAAGAACCUCGGUUAUGACUGCGCGGAGAUGAAUACGUUAUAUCGCUUUUGGUCAUUCUUUUUAAGAGACAAUUUCAAUCGAAAAAUGUAUGAAGAAUUUCGUCAGCUCGCCCUGGAAGAUGACGAAAAAGGAUUCCGGUAUGGUAUAGAAGCUCUUUUCCGCUUCUACAGCUACGGGCUAGAGAAGAAGUUCCGACCAGAAAUUUACAAAAAUUUUGUGAAGGACUGCAUCGCUGAUGUGAAAAAUGGGCAGUUAUAUGGUUUAGAGAAGUUCUUCAUGUUCAUGAAACGGUGUAAAAUAGCCAAACAGCUCGUUGUUGAUCCAUUUCUGCAGAAGGAACUUGAAAAGUAUAAAACUGCCGACGACUUUUAUAUUACAAGUGCCGAUGAUAAGAAGAAAGUUGCUGCCGCGAAGAAUUAG